AUGGGCGACUACGGCCAAUACAUCGUCCCGACGGCGGACGUCAUGAUCAACUUCAAAGUGGGCCAGCCCGCCGAGACGAUGCUGCCGCUGCAGCUCAUCCGCGAGAGCGCGGCCGCCAAGUUCACCGAGUCGGAUCCGAUGUUCCUCCAGUACGGCCACAUCCAGGGCUACCCCAAGUUCCGAGCGUCGCUUGCGACCUUUCUCUCGAAAGGGUACCAGGCACCUGUCGACCCGGAGCAGCUCUUCAUCACGAACGGUGUCACGGGCGGCCUCGCGCUCCUCUGCUCCAUCUACCUCAAGUCGGGCGACCUCGUCUUCCUUGAGGAGCCGUCGUAUUUCUUGGCGCUGAGCAUCAUGAAGGACUUCAAGAUGAACAUUCGCCAGAUCGAAAUGGAGGAAGACGGCCUCAACGUCGACAAACUCGAGGCGCUCCUCAAGUCGGGCGUCGUGCCCAAGGCGCUCUACACGAUCCCGACGUGCCACAACCCGACGGGCCGCACCAUGAGCGUCGCCAAGCGCGCGCGUCUCGUCGAGCUCAGCCACGAGUACGGCUUCAUGAUCCUCGCCGACGAGGUCUACCAGCUGCUCUCGUUCCCGCACAUUACGCCGCCGCCGCCCAUGUUUACCUUUGACAAGUACGGCACGGUGUUUGCGCUCGGGUCGUUCUCCAAGAUCCUCGCGCCGGCGCUCCGCCUCGGGUGGAUCCAAGCGUCGACGAAGCUUCUCCAGCCGCUGAUCGCGUCCGGACAGCUCGACAGCAGCGGCGGCAUCAACCCCGUCGUCCAGGGUAUUGUCCAUGCGGCGAUCACGUCGGGUGGCCAGCAAACGCACCUCGACUGGACGACUGCGACGCUCUGGUCGCGCGCCGACACGCUCAUGAAGGCGCUCUCGGCCAAGCUUCCGGCGGGCACGACGUUUGAGCGCCCAGACGGCGGCUACUUUAUCCUCGUCAAGCUCCCGAAGGGCCUCCUCGCCUCGGAGCUCCUCCCGAUCGCCGAGAAGCACAAGGUGCUUUUCUUGCCGGGCUCGUCGUUUGGCGCGUCCAUGACCAACUUUUUGCGCUUGAGUUUCUCGUGGUACACGGCCGACGAGAUGGUGCUCGGGGCCGACCGCCUCGCCGCCGCCAUCACCGAGUACCAGGCGCUCAAAGCGUCGACGGCACCACUGGCCGCCGCGUCGACGUCGUCGAAAUCGCUUUCAAUUGCCCUCCACGGGGCCAAGGGACGUCUCGGCAACUUGAUUGCGGCCGAGCUCGCCAAGGACACGACAGCGUUCACAGCGUCGACCAUUGACGUCCGGACGCCGGCGCCGCUCCCCGCCUCGGCGCAGGUGGUGAUUGACGUGACGUUGCCAGCAGGCACGGCUGCGCUCGUGACCAAGCUCCUUGCGGGGACGUCGUCGCCGGCGCUUGUGAUUGGCACGACCGGCAGCUUGCCGAUGGACCUCCUGCGCAAGUACGCCGAGCGCGCGCCGGUCGUCAUCAAGAGCAACUUUUCGAUCGGUGUCCCGCUGGUCGCGGACCUGGCGGCGUCGGCCGCGCACGCUCUGCCCAAGGACGGCUCGUGGAACACGCAGGUGCUCGAGGUGCACCACACGAAGAAGCUCGACGCACCCAGCGGCACGGGCAAGACGCUCUCGGCGGCUGUCAAGGCGACCGGCGUCUUUGAGACCGUGAGCUGCGAAAGCCUCCGCCUCGGCGACGAGAUUGGCACGCACACCGUCUACUUUGCCGGCCCUGGCGAGCGCAUCGAGAUCAAGCACGUUGCGACGCGCCGUGAGGUGUUUGCGCUCGGUGCUCUCCGCACGGCGCAGUGGGCGACGACCCAGUCGCCGGGCUUGUACUUUUAG